AUGUCACCAUCAGAAGCCCCAUGGACAACCCUGAUCCACCGCCUCGCCUUCUGGCGGUCGCAUCUGAGCCAUCAAUUCCACCUCCCGGAACCAUCCGACAUCCUCAGGGAAGCCGGCCGGCUGUUCGUGUCGCUGGCCGUCAGCGCCGUGCUGCUGACGUCCGUCAGCGCGCCGGCGACGGCCAUCGUGCAGGCACCGCCGCGCAAGCUGAUGCCGGACGAGCAGGCGACGGUGCAACUAUUCAACGAAACGACACCGAGUGUCGUUUAUAUCACGAAUCUGGCCGUUCGGAGGGACGUGUUUACACUUGACGUGAUGGAGGUGCCGCAGGGGUCCGGAUCGGGGUUUAUUUGGGACCGCGAAGGCCACGUGGUGACGAACUACCACGUGAUUCGCAACUCCAGCGACCUGCGUGUAACACUGGCGGACCAAUCAGUGUACGCGGCUGACGUGGUGGGGUACGACCGUGACAAGGACGUGGCAGUGCUGCACAUCGACGCGCCUAAGAGCAAGCUCAGGCCGCUGCGAGUGGGCAGCUCGUUUGACCUGCAAGUGGGGCAGCGCGUCUACGCCAUCGGGAACCCCUUCGGUUUGGACCAUACCCUCACCACAGGCGUGAUCAGUGGGCUGAGGAGGGAGAUCAGCAGUGCAGCAACGGGGCGGCCCAUCCAGGACGUGAUACAGACAGAUGCGGCCAUCAACCCGGGCAACAGCGGGGGGCCGCUGCUGGACUCCAACGGCAACCUCAUCGGCAUCAACACUGCCAUCUACUCGCCCUCUGGCGCCUCCUCUGGCGUCGGCUUCUCCAUUCCCGCUGAUACGGUGGCGGGCAUAGUGGAGCAGAUAAUUAAGUACGGGCAGGUCACGCGGCCAGUGCUGGGCAUCUCCUUCGCCCCCGAGCAGUCCUUGGAGCAGCUGGGCGUGGCUGGGGUGCUUGUGCUCGAUGCUCCCCCCUCCGGCCCUGCAGGGAAAGCGGGCAUCCGGCCAACGACUCGGGACAGCUACGGGCGGCUGGUGUUGGGGGACAUCAUCACGGGCAUUGAUGGCAACAUCGUUCGCAACGGCUCGGACCUCUACCGCAUCCUAGACCGCUGCAAGGUUGGCCAGAAGGUGAGCUGCCCGGAAACUCCAGCACUGAGUUCAAACUUGUUGCAAUUCUAG